UUGUAAUGUAUUCGAUUGUGUUUAAUUUUUUCGUUCUUGCGGCGUGAAAACAUACAUUAUAUUAUUGUUUUUCAUUUAAUUUUCACCAUGUCCAAUAUAUCCCUAGACAAAGACACAUUUUAUCGUCGCAUGAAAAAGCUAUAUGCAGCAUGGAAGGCUGCAUCAUCUGAUUCUAAAAGUGACGAUGGGUUAGCUAAGGCUGAUUGUUUAAUUUUUUGCGUUGGGGUCGACGAGGACACAUUAUACAGUAAAUCAACAGCUUUACAGACAUGGCUAUUUGGAUAUGAGCUUCCAGACACAUUAACAGUACUUACAGAAAACAGUAUGUGUUUUUUGGCAAGUAAGAAAAAAAUUGAAUUUCUAAGACAAAUAGAAAAUGGCAAGGAUGAAUCGGAACUUCCACCUGUUAAGCUUCUUAUUAGAGACAGAAAUGACAAGGACAAAGAAAAUUUUGGUAAACUUAUUCAAGAGAUUAAAAAAUCAAAAUCAGGUAAAACAAUUGGCCUUUUUGCAAAAGAUGUCUACCCCGGUGAGUUCUGUGAAAGUUGGAAAUCAACUAUGAAAGCUGAAAAAUUUGAUAGUGUUGAUAUUAGUUCUUCAGCGGCAUACAUUAUGGCACCAAAAGAAGACCCAGAAAUUAUUACAAUUAAGAAAGCAUGUUUGGUCACAGUUGAUGUUUUUACAAAAUACUUAAAGGACCAGGUUAUGGAAAUUAUUGAUUCUGACAAGAAAGUUAAACACUCAAAACUAGCGGAAGGUGUAGAAGCAGCAAUUUCUGAUAAGAAAUAUGUAACAGGAGUGGACACAACUCAGUUGGACAUGUGUUACCCACCUAUAAUACAAUCAGGAGGCAAUUACAGUCUCAAAUUCAGUGCUGUAUCAGAUAAGAAUCAUCUACAUUUCGGAUCAAUAGUUUGUUCUUUGGGUGCACGAUAUAAAUCUUACUGCUCGAAUAUUGUUCGGACAUUAUUAGUUAAUCCGACAGAUGAAAUUCAGAGCAAUUAUAACUUCCUUUUGAAUGUGGAAGAGGAAGUUAUGAAAAAUUUAGUUGCUGGUGCAAAACUAUCUUCGGUUUAUGAAGCUGGAUUGGCGUUGGCUAAGAAAGAAAAACCGGCUUUGGUCGAUAAUCUUACGAAAUCAUUUGGUUUUGCAAUGGGUAUUGAGUUCCGUGAAAGCUCGAUAGUGAUUGGACCGAAAACGUCUAUUGUGGCCAAAAAGGGAAUGGUUUUUAAUAUCAACAUAGGCUUGGCUAAUCUCACCAAUAGCGCGGCGACAGACAAGGAAGGAAAGACUUAUGCACUGUUCAUCGGCGACACUGUUUUAGUGAAUGAGGAACAACCAGCUUCUCUUCUCACACAAUCAAAAAAGAAAAUCAAGAACAUUGGCAUCUUCUUAAAAGAUGACGAUGAAGAAGAAGAAGAGGAGAAGGAGAAUAAGACUGAAAUACUUGAAAAUGGCGGUCGCGGUAAAAGAACUGCAGUGAUCGAGUCUAAGCUAAGAACGGAGCAUUCUUCUGAAGAGAAACGAAAGGAACAUCAAAGGGAAUUGGCGAUCGCACUUAAUGAGAAAGCUAAAGAGCGUCUCGCGAAACAAUCCAGUGGCAAAGAUAGCGAGAAAAUAAGGAAAAGUACAGUCUCAUACAAAAGUGUCAGUCAGAUGCCGAGAGAAAAUGAAGUGAAAGAACUAAAACUAUAUGUCGAUCGCAAAUAUGAGACAGUAAUUUUACCAGUAUUUGGUGUUCCGGUUCCAUUCCACAUUUCCACAAUAAAGAACAUCUCACAAUCAGUAGAAGGCGACUACACAUAUCUCAGAAUAAACUUCUUCCACCCCGGUGCCACAAUGGGAAGGAACGAGGGUGGUAAUUACUCACAACCAGAUGCUACAUUUGUUAAAGAAGUCACAUACCGAAGUACAAAUACAAAAGAACCAGGCGAGAUAUCGCCGCCAUCAUCAAAUCUCAACACAGGUUUCCGUUUGAUAAAGGAAGUUCAAAAGAAGUUCAAAACGAGAGAAGCGGAAGAGAGAGAAAAGGAAGAUCUUGUAAAACAAGACACUCUAGUUCUCUCACAGAGUAAAGGCAAUCCCAAACUUAAGGACCUGUACAUAAGACCCAAUAUUGUCACAAAAAGGAUGAGUGGAUCAUUAGAAGCGCAUAGCAACGGAUUUAGAUUUACGUCAGUCAGAGGAGACAAAGUCGACAUUUUAUAUAAUAAUAUUCAAAAUGCAUUCUUCCAGCCGUGUGACGGAGAAAUGAUCAUUUUGUUACAUUUUCAUUUAAAACACGCUAUUAUGUUUGGUAAAAAGAAACAUGUGGACGUCCAAUUCUAUACAGAAGUGGGUGAGAUUACAACAGAUUUAGGCAAGCAUCAGCAUAUGCACGACCGGGACGACCUCGCCGCGGAACAAAGUGAGCGCGAGCUCAGGCAUAAACUGAAAGUUGCAUUUAAAAGCUUCUGUGAACGAGUUGAAAAUAUGACCAAACAGGAGGUCGAGUUCGACACGCCUUUCAGAGAGUUAGGAUUCCCCGGUGCACCAUUCCGAAGUACAGUACUAUUACAGCCCACAUCAGGUGCUCUCGUCAAUCUCACAGAAUGGCCGCCAUUCGUUAUCGCGCUAGAAGACGUUGAAUUAGUUCAUUUCGAGAGAGUGCAGUUCCAUCUCAAGAACUUUGAUAUGGUGUUUGUGUUUAAAGACUAUGCCAAGAAGGUGGCCAUGGUCAAUGCCGUGCCCAUGAACAUGCUGGAUCAUGUUAAAGAGUGGUUAAAUUCAUGUGAUAUCCGCUACUCUGAGGGUAUACAAUCUCUCAACUGGACAAAGGUUAUGAAAACUAUAACAGACGAUAUCGAGGGCUUCUUCAAUAAUGGCGGUUGGUCAUUCUUGGAUCCGGAAUCUGAUGCUGAAGACGCGGCACAGGAUGAAGAAUCAGAAGAAGAAGACGAUGCCUACGAGCCAACGGACGUGGAAUCCGAGGAGGAGUCGGAUGAUGACUCGGAAUACGAUUCUGAAGCCUCAGACGCUUCCGAAGGAUCUGGUGACAGUGAAGAGGAAGAUGAAGAAUCAGGCAAAGACUGGUCAGAUCUCGAAAGAGAAGCGGCGGAGGAAGAUAAAAAGGAGCGUAACUACGAUCAUAGAGAGGACUUCGACAGGAAAAGGAAAGGCGGUCGCGACAUACCGCGCCCCUUCGACUCUGAAGAGGGCCACAGUAAGAAGAGCAAGCACGAGAAGAGUUCCAGUCAUAAGAGCUCCAGCCAUAAGAGUUCCAGUUCACACCACAAGAGCUCCAGUCACAAGAGUCCGUCUAAGCAUAACAGUAGCAGUCCGUCAAAGAACCGCGACAAGCACCACAAGUCGUCGCAUCACGACAAGCACAAGUCUUCGUCACACAGCAAGUCUAACGGAGAGCACAAGAAGCACAGCGACGGCAAGUCCUUGCACAAGCGCUCGCGUGACGACAGCCGGGAGCAUGAGCGCAGCUCCAAGAAACCCAAGAAAUAAUAUGCCAAGUGAAGAUUCUCAAUAUUUUUU